GAGUUUUUUGUUGCUGCGGCUUUAAACCUUCUCGGGUCUUUGCGUCAUAGGGUGGAAACAACGUCAACUUAAACACCGGUCGACCGGUUUCAGAACAAGAAAGGCUCUUUACGCCACCUGCCUACCGGCUGCUUUGAAGAUUGUUUCUCACGCUAUCCUACAUCUUCAACAUGCUGUCUUAGGAUUCCAACAUCAUCCACUCCCUUCCUCGGCUGAGUCUCAGCAUCUCGCACCACUCUCGCUACACCGAGUUUUCUGCCGCUUGUGUUCACACCAGCUCCGCGGUGAGUCCAUAUCGCAACAUGAAGUUUGGUAGAAAUCUCCCAAGGAACCAAGUCCCCGAGUGGGCAGGUUGUUACAUCAACUACAAGGGCCUCAAGAAGCUCAUCAAGGCUGCGGCGAGAGCAGCUCAGAAUGGCGAAGAAGUUGAUCUAGCUGAGUUCUUUUUCGAUCUGGACCGGAAUCUUGAGGACGUCGACUCGUUCUACAACAAAAAGUUUGCCGAGGCUUAUCGAAGACUUAGAGUCCUUCAGGACAGAUACGGCAGCUCGCCGGAGAUUGUUGCGAACCUCGAUGAUGAUGAGAUCGAGGAGUUAAUGGGCGCCCUCCUCGAGCUGCGCAGCCAGCUGCGGAAGCUCCAAUGGUUCGGCGAGAUCAACCGCCGCGGUUUCAUCAAGAUCACCAAAAAGCUCGACAAGAAGGUGCCCAACACGACGACUCAGCACCGAUACAUCUCGACGAAGGUCGAGCCACGACCGUUCGCCAAGGACACCGCCAUUGCCAGGCUACUCUCCGAGAUCAACAAGUGGCUCUCAGUGCUGGGUGACUCGCAGAAUAUCGAUGACGCAGGGUCGGAGAGGUCGACCCGCUCCUUGGGGCGAGCAUCGGCAAAAGCCAUGCUGAAUGUCCCAUCGAGCUUGUUGGACAAACUGGAUCAGGCCAUUAGGAAUGACGACGUCGAUGCUCUGAAAGCGGGAUUGACCACAGGGAACCUGGUGGGCUCGGAAUCUUCCUCGCAGCGGAUGCUUCUGAACCUGCUUCAACGGUCCAUCUCGGCACGAUCAAAAAGCUCCAUCUCAUUCCUACUAGACAAUAUCACCUCGCUCGACGAGCCUGACGACAUCAAUGAGCGGAACUGUGUCCACAGACUGGUAAUCCACAUUGGGCGGACGAAGACAGCCUCUUCCCAGGUGGAUGAACAAUCAAGCCCAGCCUCUUUUCCCUUCCCGGGAGGUGCGGCUCAGUACGCCCAGAGGCAUCUCACACCGGCAACAUCGCCUCUUGCGGCCCCGAGAGUCUCCGGCCUCAAGGAGUCGAAUCUGCUCACAAGGGACGACGAGGCGGUCCAGAUACUGAUUUACCUUCUCGAGGCCCUCAAACCAGGCCAGAGGAUCGCACUGAGCGCACGGGACAGCUUCGGCAGGAUUCCCUUGCACUAUGCCGCCCAGUUCGGCUUUGUGGUGGUAUGCCAAAUCCUGAUGAGCAAGAUGCAGGAAUGGGACCAGUUCAACGUCGACAACGGCAUUGAUGCGGUCGAAUGGCAGGACAAGGAAGGCAAUGCGCCAGUCCAUCUCAGCGUCCUUGGCGGCCACGUCCUGACGACAAAGGCGCUUCUACAGGGGGAAAACUGGAACGGCGUGAACGACCACAAAGCCGAGAUGAGGCGGUCCAUCUCCAAGUCGAGCGCGGUCCUGGCCAUCGCCACCAAGGCCAACCUCAAGCCUAUCGUGGAGAUGCUCGUGGAUGCUGGUGUGGAUAUCAACUGGCAGGACAAGGUCGGCGAGACGGCGCUGCAUAUCGCCGCUAGAUUCGGUCACGAUGAAUGCGCCAGGGUGUUACUAAAGGGGACGGCUGAGCAGAAGGCAAACCUGGACCUCGUUGAGAAUUCUUUUGCCUGGACUCCACUCCACAUCGCAGCAGUGGACGGCCACCUGUCUGUCGCGCAAAUCCUGGUGGAUGCUGGCGCGGACGUCGACAAACCGGACUCGUCGGGCUGGACAGCGAAGGAACAUGCCGCACUGAGAGGACAUCUCGAUAUCGCGCGCCUGCUUGCUGUGCACAGUGGGGAUGAGGAUGAUGCAGGAUCGAGCAGUUCGGACGAGGAGAAACCGGCGACCGAGCCUGUGGCUCGUGAGGUCGCCUCCCUAGAGGAUAGGAGAUCCAAUGGCUCCUCGCGCCCGGCGGAACCCGUCAAGUCGUUCGGUCACCGCUAUCUCAAGGAUGAAAGCCUGGUGCUUGUCAGCCUCGGUUCAAUGGAUAUGCGCAAGAACGUCGAGGCCGUCACGCUGGACAAAGUUCCGCUGACCCAGGCACACAACACUCAGCUGGACACAGCUCUCUCCAUCGUGGUGUCGGCUCAGGGUGCUCAGGGCGAGCCUACCAUCAUCGAUAUGCCGGUCCACGAGAACAUCUCGACAGAGCCGAUCGUCUUCACCACGGCUGACGCCUCGAAGGUCAAGUUGCUGUUUGAUAUUGUCCCUACAUACUCGGGCAACCAGAACAACAAGAUUGGGCGUGGUGUCGCACUGCUCUCCAGCGUGCGACCGACAAUCGGAACCAAGCGGAUGAAUCUGCAGGGAGACGUUUGCGUUCCCAUCGUGGGGUCCAAUCUCGACGUGAUUGGGACCGUGAAUUUCAACUUCCUAGUCAUCACCCCCUUCUCGCAUCCAAACAUGGAGGUCACUUCCCAGCACACAUACUGGAAGAAGAUGACAUCGACCAUGGUGAUCGGUCACCGCGGCCUGGGGAAGAAUCUGGUGGCCAACAGGUCGCUGCAGCUGGGCGAGAACACGGUGCCGUCCUUCAUCGCGGCUGCCAACCUGGGAGCCCAAUACGUCGAGUUCGAUGUGCAGCUCACAAAGGACCAUGUCCCGGUCAUCUACCACGAUUUCCUGGUCAGUGAGACGGGCUUCGACGCGCCCGUGCAUACGCUGACUCUGGAACAAUUCCUGCACAUCAACUCGGACUCCUCCCGAAACGGCCACUCCCCAAAGCCCCAGCACAAGCAGCUCGAUAAGACACGUAGCAGCAGUCCUGGGCCGAGGAAGCGCUCCAUGUCAAUGGACUGGCCGAUGGUGGACCAUCAGCUGACGAAGCAGGAGAUGGAAGAGCGCAUGAAACACACGCGCGACUUCAAGGCCAAGGGCUUCAAAGCCAACUCCCGAGGCAACUUCAUCCAAGCACCCUUCGCCACGCUGGAGGACCUCUUCCGCAAGCUUCCGCCCUCCGUCGGCUUCAACAUCGAGCUGAAGUACCCUAUGCUCCACGAGAGCGAGGAACACGAGAUGGACACGUAUGCGGUCGAGCUCAACUCGUUCUGCGACACCGUCCUGACCAAGGUCUACGACCUCGCAAACGGGCGGCACAUCAUCUUCAGCUCGUUCAACCCGGACAUCUGUCUCUGCAUGAGCUUCAAGCAGCCGAACAUCCCGAUCCUGUUCCUCACGGAUGCUGGAACCGCCCCGGUGGGUGAUAUCCGCGCCAGUAGCCUGCAGGAGGCUAUCCGGUUUGCGUCACGGUGGAACCUGCUGGGCAUUGUGAGCAAUGCGGAGCCUUUUGUCAAUUCGCCGAGGUUGGUGAGAGUGGUGAAGCAGAAUGGCUUGGUUUGCGUGAGCUAUGGGAUGCAAAAUAACCAGACCGAAUUGGUACAGCGACAAGUGAAAGAGGGCAUCGACGCUGUUAUUGUCGACUCGGUUCUGGCCAUCCGCAAGGGCCUAACCGGGGCCCAGGAUCUGGGGGCUUCCAAUGGCCAGGAGAAAGCAGAGGAAGUGGCGGUCAGCAACAACGGGAACCAUCUGACGAACGGUAACGGAACGCUGAAUGGGAAGCGGGUGACCAAUGGCCGACUGGGUUAAGAGGAGGCUGUCGAGUUGAGUUGAACGACCGUUUUUGGCGGUCUAUUCUUGGCGCGACCAGGAUUUUCAACUUUCUCUCAACUUUGUCCUUAUUAGACGGCGACGGCGCAUGGGAGAGAGGUGGUUACGGGCUGCGUUUGACGCAUCGCAGCACAUGAGCUCUGAGUACAGACACCCCACAGCGACAGUAACGAGUACAGUACUCUCUUCACGCAUUCCCGCUGCCUAGAUGGGGAGGGAGGGGAAGAGGCAUAUAGUACAUG